AUGCAGCUCACGGAUGCGCUCGACGAACUGAUCCAGUCCGGACACAUCAACCCGGUGCUCGCCAUGCGCGUGCUCAACGAAUUCGACAAGUCCAUCGCCACCAACCUCGCCAAAAACGUCAAGGCCAAGUCCCAACUCAAGGGACACUUGAAGGACUACCGCCUGUGCGAGGAGGUGUGGACGUUCCGUGUGCGCAACGCCACGCUCAAGCUCGACAAUGCCGAGCUGCUCGAUGUGGACAAGGUCAAGAUCGUAGCGUGCAAGAUGGCCGAUUCGUCGUCCAAGUAG